AUGAAGCGUUACCUGCACGUUCUGCCUGUUUUAUUUUUCCUGCACGUUCUCCACGCGAGUCGUUCGUUCGCAAACGAGUUGACGUUAACCAUCGACUUCGAGAAGCCGGUCACGGUGACCGACGAGAAGUUUCUCAGUCUGACGGUCGACCCUGCGGCCCUGUUGCAUGGAACUGUGCUAAGCACGGAUUUCGAGAGAAGCGUACGCUUGGCAAACGCUUUGAGCCCAGCGUAUAUUCGGCUGGCGGGGCCACGAGGUACGUUUUACCAAACCGAUGGUCAAAGUUCACCGAACGACGAGAGAAAUUCGAACGUUCUGUUCUCCGAGUCUGAUUGGGUCCUCGUACAUCAUUGGGCGGAAAAAACGGGCCUGGAUGUGAUCGCUUCUAUCUCACCUGAAAGCGUCGCGGAGGUACGCGAUGGAAACUCCGAAAAUGCGGUGCAGAUUGUUUCUUUCAGCGAUAAAAUGGGUUUCAACGACAGCUGGCAAUUAGGAUACGAGUGUCAAACCAGGUGCAACGGGUCAGCCAGUGAUCUCGCGAAUCGCCUGGUGAAUCUCCGGCAAAUAUUGAACGGAUUUCCGAGAUACUCGAACAGUAUCAUCGUCGGCCCCGAUAUCGUCGCUUACCGAACCAAAAAGCAGAGACAAUACCUUCAAGACUAUUUCAACGUCGCUGCUCCUGCGCUCUCAGCGAUCACGUGGCACCCCAAUCUCGACACCAUUACAUUGGACGACAAAGGAGUUCUCAUACACCCGGAAAAUUUAGACAAAGAUAAAAAGGAUCUGUACAAAAUUAUUGGUCGUUUCGUGGAAAAUCGACCGCUGUGGAUCGCCGAAUCGGAACCAGAAGAAUGCAAAAGCCUGUACUUCGGUGCUCUCGUGUUGGCAAGACGAUUAGGAAACGCGGCUAAAUCGAAGGUGGACGUUGUAAUGAGGCAACCGGUGGAUCUGACUCAGCCGAGUCCGGACUACUGGGUGUCCUUGCUCCACAAAACUCUCGUCGGCCGUAAGGUAUUUGACGCAAUCAUCCAAACCAACGACAAGAAUGACGUACACUUCUAUUGUCAAUGCACAAAACCCUCUGACAGAUCUGAAAAAGGUUCAAUCACGGUUUUUGGGGUGAAUCUAAGCCCCGAGGACAUCGAGAUCAAUCUGAACGGUAAAAACAUCACAACACUGCACGAAUAUGUUCUUUCGCCUGGUUUCGAUGCGCCGAACAGAAUGUUUUCCGAGAGUGUCCUAUUGAACAACGAAACGCUGACUUUAAUUAACGACGCGAUUCCUGAUAUAAAACCAACGAUUUUGAGUGAUCCAAGGGGACUGGGGCUCGGUUUGUCCUCGGGUAGCAUCGGUUUCUGGGUUCUUCCCGAUCUUAAUGUGAAAUCGUGUAUGGAAGCUCACGAAGCAUCGGGAGACGACCCGGUUCAAGGUAACAUUCACGACAACCAAGACGUGAAGAUUCAAGUUACAAGAUCCCUACGUGAUCGCGAGAGUUCCCAAAGCGAGAGAAGGAAAGACAGAAACGAGUCACGAUCGUCAAAAAGGUUGGACGCCAGAAACGAGCUAAAACGAUUGAGGAACUUCGUCAGGACGAAACUAGAGGACCGCGACGACGAGGGCUCGUCCGCGGUAGAAAUCAACAGGAACAGACGCGUGAAAAACACCAGAGAACGGGCAGAGGUUCGAGACGACACGAGGACCACAUUGCAAGAAUUCAAAGAUCAUUUCUCGCGGAUCGUGCACCGAGCCAGAUCGGGUGAAACCAGAACAGCGAUUAAAGACUUGAUCGACGGUGUGAUUGGGGAAUCGAUGUCCUUAAUAUCGAAAAUACAGAGCACCAGAUCGCCCACAGCGGUGAAGGAUUAUUUAAAGUCCCUCCACGAUCUCUUGAAUCGCACAGCCUUGCUUGACUCGACCGACGAUUCCGAAGCGAUUGGAGGUCAAAGGGCGAAGAGGGCCAAGAGGAAUCUCUUCGAAGAACGUUCGCUCAAGGGGGACAACUUUCUACGAAAACGAUUCAGAAUCGAGGAUUUCAAGGAGCAGCAUGCAAACGAUCGAAUGAUUAAUAGGAAAGAGAACGUCAGAAGUGCGAUGGUGCAGCCAAGCGUUGCAGGAUUGGGAGGCACCGACACCGAGGAGAACGCUUUCUACGGGUUCUUUAAGACAGAGCCUAUUCAAGGUUUCCCAAAGGGCGAUAUGUUCUUCGCCACCGAUGACUAUCCACCGAAUAACGACUACGAUUACCCGAAUACCCGGUUCAGCGAUCAAGAAACUGGAAUGAACCAUCCGAAGAAGCAUCCAACUGCGGAUUACGGUGGCGUUGAUGAUGUUUGGACGAACGACGAUGGAGAUUAUGGCUUCUACGAAUCUCAAGGAUACUUCGAUAACCAGAGGGCGAACGAUCGUAUAGGCUCCUCUGAACUGUGGGAGGCCGAGACUUACGAUCAUCCGAGCAGUUAUGGAUCCAACGAAGAACUGCACGGGAAUUGGGAGGUUCAACGAGACAAAGACAGUCAAAGUCGAUCAACUGGCUACCGUGAAUCUAAUGUUUCCCCGUAUUCUGGACUCAGCAAAUCUCUCGCCCGACCCACCGUUAACAAACCGAUUUCGAGCACGAGGGAUGCUUCGAGCUUGAAAACAGACAGGGCAUCGUUAACCGAUCAGAAACCGAAGAUUUCGUUCGACGAUGCCGACAGUGAAAACAGACGAUUCAAACGAAAAGGAACGGACCUAUACGCCAUAUUUGAUCAAGAGAUGAUCAACGAAGAUGACGCGAAUUCGAAGGACUGCGACUGCCGUGUCAAUCGACACUCUGAUCAGUGUAGCUGCCGACAGAAGAGGGACACCUCCGAAUUUUCAGAAUUCAAAACCGACAUGGAAACUAUUCCUGAAGAAGAAACAUCUUCGAACGUCGAGGAUGUCGUUCCAGACGCGCAAGAAGCCACGGAUGUGGAAGUGUUUUCGGAUUUGGUGGGUGAGCCUAUAGAGGUGCUGGAAUUACAGCCUGAUUCAACCAACUGGAUGAUCGAACGCGAACCAACGCUGCCGGUGGAAAGUGAAUCGAACUCGAAUCUACAGGUGAUUGCGAGUGAACCGGAAAUUCUUCAAGUAGCGCCUCUUCAUCCAGAAAUCAUCGAAUCUUACGUGGUGUCUACGGAUCCUCCGUCGAUACCGAUCUCUAACGAGGAUAGUUUCGAAUCUUCGUCAAAAACUUCCGUUAGACGCGAAGACAAUACAUUUUUUCGUAGACAGACCAAAGAAGAGGAGCCGACGAUUGAUAAUCUCCAGGCUAUUACGGGGUAUACUCAGAGUCGCUUCGAGGAUUCUACACCCGCGAUCGAUGAAGAGGCCGUGGAGAACGUCCAGAGGAAGAAAAUCGAGGUAUCGAGAACCGAAACUUCUGGCCCGACACUCGAUCCAGCCACUUUAUCAGCGGAAGAUGCAAUCGAGGAAAGACCCGAAAACGAUUACGAUAAUGAUAAUAUUACCAGAGGAGGUUCCAAAAGGCAAACGGAUACCGAAACGUUUUCCGAAAUACCUGAGAACACCGAAAAGGAUCGUGAAAGUCCUGUAGUUGGCUUACGGAAGCUAGUUAAACCGAAAAAGCGAAUCAACUAUUCGUCGAAGAGGAAAAGCGUGUCGGUGAAGGCGUCGCCGUGGGAGACGCGGCUGAUGGACCGAACGAAGGCACUGUUGUCUUUACGGAAGAUGAUCAACGAGAAUAAAGGACUGAGGACGAUGAAAUUCGCCCCCAAAGUCGGAUCGACGAGUAAACUUCGUGAACACCAGAGCAAUCGAUCGGAUCAGACGGAGAAACUGAGGGACCGAUUGAGAGACAGACGGGCGAAAGCAUUGCAACAGAACAGAAAGAGAAUCGUCGAUGAUGUGGACGAAGACGACGAAAAUAGGAAACUGAAAAGACGGGAGGCUUGGGAGGCGAUCAAAGACACUUACGUAGUGAAAUCGAACGACCAGUCGACGGACGAGGCAAAAAUUGUUCCCAUCACCGAGAUAAUCAGACCACGUAAUGUUCGCGAGAAGAUUUUUUAUCCCCCGAAUCGACGGAGCUACUGCGAUUCGGGUAUUCUAGAGCACUCGAAUCCAAAAAAACUGAGGAAUAGGGUUAUACAGAUAAAAAAUCUGAUCGAGGACCAGGCUGCGAGGAGGGCAAUAUUUAGCAGUGAUGGAGACGGAGAUGAUAGGUCUUACUAUGCCUUGGUGGAAAGUUUGGAGAACCCACGAAUAUUCCACCACCGAGAACAACCGUUACAACACGAGGAAAAGAGCAACGUGCAGAUACUAUCAGGAUCCUCGGACUUCGACAGUAUCGAGGAUCUACCCGAAGACAUGGCUUACCACGGAAAACUAGAAAUCGCGGACGAUCUCAACCAGAUUGGGGAAGAUUCGUACGAUGAUUCGGAGGAGCUACCAGGAUAUGAAGAAGUAUACGUAAUCGACCCUUCCAAGUACAGAGGAGGGGAGCCAGACCUGAUACCGUACAGGCCAAGAGGAAUAAAUUCGAACAACAUGUACGAAGUGUCGUGGCAGCCGAUUCUGUACAAACUUCACCGUGCUCGUCAAACGGAGCAUCAGAAACGCGAGAACAAGGCUGCAGGCUUAAACCCUCGAGAAAUUUACACGAGUAGCGGAAGCGCUGGCGAACUGUUGAAGGUUUUGAUAAACGCCCUGGACUCGUCGUCUGCCAGCGAACUUUUCAGGAUUUUAUCCAAGGAGAACGGGAUUACCGAUGAGAAACGAAAUUCCAUGCGUUCGAUUAUGAAACCGCCACCGAUCGAAAUCGAGGGGGGCGAGGUUAAACAGAUCCAGCAGAGCGAGGAAAGCUUGGAGGAAGGACAAUCCUCGGAGUCGUUUGACGUGCAGAAUGGAAAUUAUGAAGAUUCUUCUGUGGAGAAGGAAGCAAACAUCGGGGAGAACAAUUCUCAGGUUAAUAAUUUGGACGCGACAAAGGCAGUGAAUAUUCGAAAUCGAAGAGAUACGAGCGAUCUCGUGAAGGGAAAUGAAAAAGUUAAAGAGGCGCAACAUAAGUCAUCGGGGAAUCGGAUAAAAGGAAGCAGAAACAACGGAGACGAUUCUGGAAGGGGUAAGGAUACACCAGAACGCGUGAAAAUGCUCGUUCCUUCGACGGUGAAUGACGAGUAUUCGACAGAAGUGGACGAGGAACCGAUAAUUGGCGCGAAAUAUCCGCAGGAGGAUAUAUCAGGAGAAUAUCAGGAUAUAUCGGACUCUGUGGAAAAUAACUCAGAGUCGGAGAAAAGCGAGGAACGUGCGGAUUACGUGGACGAAAAUACGUCCGACCUGCUGCAAUACUACAACACUGAAGCCGAGGUAGGGGACAGUGGCGAGGAUAGGGUUGAUUUGAAAGAGUUAUUACAUUCCGAGCGGCCCGAGGUAUUCGUGGUGUUACCCUGGCCGAGAAAAUUCAACAGACUCCGCAGACAGGCGCUGGAUCAGGAGAAAACUGCAGAAAAUGAAGGGAUCGAGAAGAUGCAGCAAUUAGAGGUGCAACGUCAGGAAGAUGUUUCGAGUCCACGGAUCCCAACCGACGACGGUAUCGACGACGUGGAGAAGAUGAUGACAAAGAAGAAACCAGUCAAGAAAUAUUCGCAGACAGGGAGUCUGUUCAAUUAUAUCACCGGGAAAAAGAAUCUGAGGAAAACCGGCAAGGAGGAUCUGCCCUCGUUCAUAGAAGGAAGCAUACCAAAGUUGCAGAACGUUGUGAUUGACGGUUUGAAGAAGGCUCAGAAUCUGACCGGGUCGGUGGAACGAUUGAUCGAUGAUUUAGACGAGAAGUUCAACAACGAGACAUCGAACACAACCGAUCGAACGGGUUCGGUUGAUUCUGAACCAAACGCUGUCACCCAGAAUGCCUUUCAUCACGCGAUAAUGAACGUGAAGAAAGUUUUUAUGUUAUUCGGUGGAAUCGCCCACGCGUUACGGGGAUAAUUUAUACUAAUUCAAUGUAAUUUAU